AUGGCUAUUCAUCCGAGAUUACGGCCCCAGGACUCUCAGGGGAGCCUGUCGCCACAGCAAACUAUGGCUAUUUCCGCGUGGACGGAACAAGCCGCCGCGUCGCUUCAGGAUUUGUCCCUCUCAGAGUGUAACGGAGCCAACGGACCUGUACUGCCAUCAACACCAACACGCUCUACUCUGCGGGGAGCGACUGUAUCUCUCUCGAUUCCGCUUGACGAUGAGCCGGUCAUUCCUUCCAGUGUUAAGGUCGCUGGACCACCACAGACUCGGGCGCCGACAGUCAGUUUUCGGCGCCGAGAGCCUUUGACCCGAGAUAGCAUGAAGAGUCGCGAGGCCUUGUUGAAAGGCAAAGAUGGUAGCCGGCGGCGACAGCGCUGGGAGAACGACCGGUUGCUACAUAACCCAUGGGCAGAGCCACCAUCCCCAAAGGACUGGGUAAUCCAACCUACUCACACACGUCAUAACCCGAUGCCAUACUAUCUGGCACCGCUCUGGGAUGUCCACUUCUCCCGUGUUGCUGAUCAUGAUUCGGCUCGGAAGAACGCUGCGAAGGCCGCCAAUACAAAGCAUCGUGUUCCUAAGGAGCUUCGCUCGAGACUGAAGCAUACUCGUGCUGCCCUUGGCAUGUUGCAAGACUUGGAGGAUGACGUUCGACUCUUUAUCCGCAAGUGGAACGAGAAGCAACAGUAUCUCAUGAGCGAGGGACUUCAAGAUGCUCCCGAGUCCUCGGGUAGCGAUGAGUCAGAGGAUGAGAUUGUUUUUGUUGGUCGUAAUGGGCAGAUGCAUGAUUCCCCUGAGCGCAAGCAGAAACUGCAGCAGCUCCGUCAAGAGCUCAGUUCACACGAUGAACGUGACGGCGAGAAGAUGGUGUUUGAGAGCUUGGUGGAAGAUCGUGCGGCAGCGUUUGGUCGCUGGCUCGUGCAUUCUAUCGCCGCCUAUUACGGAUUGCAUACCUGGUCUGUGACGGUCGGUAGCCCUGCUCGCCGCGAAGCCUAUGUGGGCUUCAACCCACCCAGCCCUGGCAGCCGCGUUGGGCUCGUCACUCAUCCUGCCUGCCAGUCAGAGCUGCUUAAGCCAGGUGAAGAACUUCCUCAGCCUCUGUACACACAGAUUUAG